UUCCUCUAGUACCGAAUCUGUUCCCUUGGAUGUGUAUCACGAUUCUCAGUUGGUCGAAUUGGCCUUUGAGUAUCAUCGGUGGGAUCCGAUGUUGGUAGGACAUUUAGAUAUUAAGCCCGAUGACGAAGAUGGUGAUCGGGUGGUUGAGGAGAACGCGGCCGAUAUUGAGGUGCCUCACUGGAGGAGGCCGGUGAGGAAGUGGCCUGAUCCUGCGGUCGACUUCGAAGGUGAGCCCAGCAUCCUAACUGAUGCGGAUGUGGUGAUGCUACGGGAACAGAUUCGGAUCCCAUCUUCGGUAAAAAUUUUUGCUCCAUAUCCGGGGGAGAGAAUAACCAGUCCUCCUCCGGGGUGUGUUGGUGUUUUUGUUGAAAGUCUGAGGUCGGGAUUAAGAUUCCCGUUACCGAGCUUGAUCACCGAGUAUCUUCGGAGUUGGGGGCUGCCGUUGUGUCAGAUUACUCCCAAUAGUUGGAAGAAAAUAAUUGGUCUGAUGGUGUUGCUGCACGAGCAGGGCGAUGGGCUGCCAUCGUGUGAUGAAAUAAGGAGUAUUUUUGCCUUUAAGAAAAGUCCAAGGAGACACGUUGCGGAGUCUUCAUGCUGCUUCUUUGCCGGAGCGAAGCCGCAGCAUGCCAUUUCCACGCUCAGAAUCAUUAUGUCACAAUCUGGUCGAGACCAUGCUACUCACCCUGGCCAGAGCCAGUCAACUAAUCAUUCCCCGCGGCGUACAACGCCACCACCUCCGGCCGCGAAUAUUAUGAACUUCCUUCAAAAUCCGGAGUUCAUACAAGGUUUGUCUUCAUUAAUAGCUCGAGCCAUGCCUAGAAACUCGAGCACGAUGCCGUUAACUACUAACCCAACAGAGCAUCCCACUCAUAUUCAUCAUGAUCACGAGACACAUGUUGCGACGUCACAUGCCACGUCGCAACCCCAUCACACUUCUCCACGACAAGAAGAACGGGCUCAUAUAAUCGUUGAUCCCGUAACGAACAAUCAAGCCCAAGAUCAACCCCCUGUGCAGGAGAUAACUGCUGAAAGUCAUUCUGCUCAUCGCCAGAGAGUUUCCCCACGUCCUAGACCCAUCUCAUCAGCACCUCACGCUCGCGAAGAUUUACGACGCCAAAUUGAACGCAAUCGUCUUUCAAGACAUAGUGCGGAGGAAAUUGAAACCCUCCGUAAACGUUUGGCCGAACUUGAAAUGCGACAGAAGUCACAAGAAGAUUCACCCCGACAUGUCGCGACGUCGGGAAAUGUUGUCGUUGAGGCGGAUUCUUUUUUAGCCCCCGAACUUACUGCGGAGCCACUCCCUGUCAAAGUAAAAAUUCCACAAAUCGGCAUGUAUGAUGGGACGUCGGAUCCAGACGCUCAUUUAGGUCAUUACACAUCUUGGAUGGAUUUACAUGGAGCUUCAGAUGCUCUGAGGUGUCGGAUGUUCUCACUUACACUGGGGCCACGAGCCCAGAAAUGGUAUUACACUCUCCCACCUCAUUCAAUUUGGAAAUGGCAGCAACUACGUGCGGCUUUCCGGUCACACUUUAUCGGUGCUCAAAUUUGUCUCAUUCCGAAAGAAUCGAUUACUAACAUCGUACAAAAAGACGAUGAGACUGUUAAAGAUUAUGUGGCCCGGUUUAACGACCGGAUUCAGAAUAUGGAACCAUGUCAUCCUGAAACUUUGUUAGUAACUGCUAUUGCCGGAUUGAGGCCCAAUUCAAUGUUUCGUUGGACCUUAUGUCAAAAUAAGCCUGCAACAUUUCAAGAGUUUCUUGUACGAGCUCAACAAUUCAUCAUUGCCGAAGAAUCCAUGUCGGUCCCCAGUUUCGACUUUUCGGUAAAAGAAAGCAAGGUUGAACCGGAUACUAAAAAGAAAAACAAGAAGAACUUUGGGAAAUCCCAAUUUCGGAACUCCUCUAAAGGGUAUGAAAAUACUCCAGAGUCCCGGGCUGCUCGUGAUCAAUAUUCAGACAACGUCAGGACAGGUUACCACGCUGUUUAUUCUGCUGGAGCGGCCACCAUAUAUGAAGAGCUGAAAGGAAAGGGGAUCAUUCCAGACCCGAGGCCUGUGAGAACUCCUGAAGAUAAGUUGGACAAAACUCGCUACUGUGCGUACCACAAAUCUCCAGGGCACAAUACCGACGAGUGUCUCGGUCUUUUAUCGGCACUCUUAC